AUGGGCAGCAAUGACGCCUGCCUUAUGGCUAGGAUCAUUUACUAUAGCCAGGAAAAGUACUUCCACCACGUGCAGCAGGCUGUGGCUGUGGGCUUGGAGAAAUUCAGCAAUGACCCUGUGUUGCAGUUCUUUAAAGCCUAUGGAGUCCUCAGGGAAGAGCGCAUCCAGGAUGCCAUCAGCGACCUGGAGAGCAUCCAGAAUCACCAAGACGUGUCCUUGUGCUCCACCAUAGCCCUCAUUUAUGCUCACAAAUGCUGUGAAACCAUCGACCGAGAAGCAAUUCAGGAGCUAGAGUGCAGCCUAAAGGAAUCACGCAAGACAGCCAGUGAUACUGCCCUAUACUAUGCCAGCCUCUGCCUCUGGCUUGUAGGCCGCCAUGACAAGGCCAGAGAGUACGUUGACCGCAUAUUGAAGGUCUCCUGUGGCUCCAGAGAAGCCCUUGUACUCCGAGGCUGGAUAGACCUCACCUCAGACAAGCCCCACAUUGUGAAGAAAGCCAUCAAGUACCUAGAACAAGGCAUUCAGGACACCAAAGAUGUGCUGGGGCUGAUGGGAAAGGCAACGUACUUCAUGAUGCAGCAGAACUACUCAGAGGCCCUGGAGGUGGUUAACCAGGUCACUGUGGCCUCAGGGAGCUUCCUGCCAGCCUUGGUCCUGAAGAUGCGGCUGUUCCUGGCUCUGCAGGACUGGGAGCAGACGGUAGAAACAGGACACAGAAUCCUAGAGAAAGAUGAAAGCAAUAUUGAUGCCUACCAAAUUCUAGCUGUGCAUGAGCUUACAAGAGAAGGAAACAUGGCCACAGUAAGUUUUUUCAAGACUCAGAAAGCUGCCAGUCACGUUAGAAAUCUGAUUAAGGCACUAGAAACAAGAGAGCCCCAAAAUCCAAGCCUCCAUCUUAAAAAAAUUCUUGUGAUUAGCAGACUGUGUGGCAGGCACCAGGCAAUUCUACAGCAAGUGUGUAACUUCAUUGAGCACAUCUUCGUGGCCACACCCUCCUAUGCCUGUGCAGCCACAGAGUUGGGCUAUCUCCACAUCCUGCAGAACCAAGUAAAGGAGGCCUCCCUGUGGUACUCCGAGGGCAUGAAACUGAACCAGAACAGAAUGGCUACUAUGACAGGGAUGAUCUGGUGCCAGAUCUUAGAAGGCCAACUGGAAGAGGCUGAGAACCAGCUGGAAUUCCUGAAGGAAGUGCAGCAGUCCCUUGGGAAGUCUGAGGUGCUGAUUUUCCUCCAAGCCCUUCUGGCAUCCAAGAAGCACAAGGGGGAACAGGCGACCACGGCGCUCCUGAAAGAGACAGUGGAGCUUCACUUCUCUAGCAUGCAGGGCCUCCCCCUGGGCUCUGAGUACUUUGAAAAGCUGGACCCCCACUUCUUGGUCUACAUUGCCAAGGAGUACUUGCUCUUCUGUCCCAAGCAGCCCCGGUCACCAGGCCAGAUCGUGUCUCCGCUUCUUAAACAAGUUAUGGUAAUCUUGAAUCCUGUAGUCAAAGCAGCACCAGCUCUGGUUGAUCCCCUGUAUGUGAUGGCUCAGGUCAAGUAUCUCUCAGAGCCAGAGAAUGCCCAGAGCACCCUGCAGCGUUGCCUGGAGCUGGACCCCACCUCCGCGGACGCCCACCUCCUCAUGGCCCAGAUCUACCUGGCCCAGGACAACUUUUCCAUGUGCUCCCACAGCUUAGAACUGGGUGUCAGCCACAAUUUCCAGGUUCGAGACCAGCCCCUCUACCACUUCAUCAAGGCCAGGGCCCUUAACAAGGCUGGAGACUACCCAGAGGCAAUAAAGACACUGAAAAUGAUCAUGAAAUUGCCAACUCUGAAGAUGGAAGAAGGCAAGAAGUUCCACAGGCCCUCUGUGCAGCCCAGCGAGCGGGUAUCCAUCUUACUAGAACUGGUUGAUGCCCUCCGGCUAAAUGGGGAGCUGCAUGAGGCCACUAAGGUCAUGCAGGAUGCCAUCAACGAGUUCAGCGGCACACCAGAGGAGGUCCGCAUCACCAUCGCCAACGUGGACUUGGCCCUGAGCAAGGGCAAUGUAGACAUGGCUCUCAGUGUGCUGAGGAACAUCACACCCAAGCAGCCCUGCUACGUGGAAGCCAAGGAGAAGAUGGCCAGCAUCUACCUGCAGACCCACAAAGACAUCUGCCUCUACAUCGGGUGCUACCGUGAGCUUUGUGAACAUCUGCCUGGCCCCCACACUAGCCUCCUACUGGGCGAUGCUUUCAUGAACAUUCAGGAGCCCGAGAAGGCCCUGGAGGUCUAUGAUGAGGCCUAUAGGAAGAACCCGCAUGACGCCUUUCUGGUCAGCAGGAUCGGGCAAGCUUAUGUGAAGACCCACCAGUACAGCAAGGCAAUUAAUUAUUAUGAGGCUGCCCAGAAGAUUAGCGGACAGGACUUUCUGUGCUGCAACCUGGCUGAACUGCUCCUCAAAUUAAAGAAGUUCAACAAAGCAGAAAGAGUUUUGAAGCAGGCACUGGAAUGUGAAUUUGCCAAAGACAUCCCAUCCAUGAUGAAUGAUGUUAAGUGCUUGCUUUUGCUGGCAAAAGUUUACGAGAGCCAAAAAAAAGAAGACGUGAUAGAGACUUUGAACAAGGCCUUGGACCUCCAGUCUCGGAUACUGAAGCGGGUUCCACUAGAGCAACCAGAAAUGAUCCCGUCCCAGAAGCAGCUGGCCGCCUGUAUCUGCACCCGGUUUGGAGAGCACUACCUGGCAGAGAAGGAGUAUGCCAAAGCAGUAAAGGCUUAUAAGGAUGCCCUCUCCUACUCGCCCAUUGACAAUAAGGUGGUGUUGGAGCUGGCGCAGCUCUACCUGCUCCAGGGGCACCUGGACCUGUGCGAGCAGCACUGUGCCAUCCUCCUGCAGACUGAGAAGAACCACGAGACCGCCUCUGUGAUGAUGGCUGACCUGCUGUUCAGAAAACAGAAUUAUGAAGCAGCCAUCAAUCUCUACCGCCAAGUCCUGGAGAAAGCGCCAGAUAAUUUUUUGGUAUUGAGGAAAUUAAUCGAUCUGCUACGAAGAAGUGGCAAACUUGAAGACACUCCUGCCUUCUUUGAAUUGGCCAAGAAGGUGUCCAGCCGGGUGCCUUUGGAGCCGGGGUUCAACUACUGCAGAGGCAUCUACUGUUGGCACAUAGGACAGCCCAAUGAAGCCUUGAAGUUCUUAAACAAAGCGCGUAAGGACAGCACUUGGGGCCAGAGCACCACCUACUACAUGGUGCAGAUCUGUCUGAACCCAGACAACGAGAUUGUGGGCGGAGAGGUUUUUGAGACCUUGGUGGCUGAGAGCAAGAAGGAGACGGAGCAGCACGGCGUGCGCACUGCCGAGAAGCUGCUGCGUGAGUUCUAUCCGCACUCAGCCUUCGGCCAGACGCAGCUGCGGCUGCUGCAGGGCCUGUGCCUGCUGGCCACCAGGGAGAAUGCUAACGUGGAGGCGGCGCUGGGCAACUUCAUCGAGAUGGCGCAGGCCGAGAAGGACAGCGUCCCCGCCCUGCUGGCCUUGGCGCAGGCCUACAUGCUCCUGAAGCAGAUCCCCAAGGCACGCACGCAGUUGAAGCGCCUGGCCAAGGCCCCGUGGGUGCUGGCUGAGGCUGAGGACCUGGAGAAGGGCUGGCUCCUGCUGGCCGACAUCUACUGCCAGGGCGGCAAGUUCGACCUCGCCUCAGAGCUGCUGCGGCGCUGCGUGCAGUACAACAAGUCCUGCUACAAGGCCUAUGAGUACAUGGGCUUCAUCAUGGAGAAGGAACAGUCCUACAAGGAUGCAGCCACCAACUACGAGCUGGCCUGGAAGUAUAGUCAUCAGGCCAACCCUGCCAUUGGUUUCAAACUGGCUUUCAACUACUUGAAGGACAAGAAAUUUGUGGAGGCCAUCGAAGUCUGCCACAGCGUCCUCUCAGAACACCCCAACUAUCCCAAGAUAAGAGAGGAAAUUUUGGAAAAGGCCCAGGGGUCCCUGAGGCCCUAG